AUGUCUUUAUAUUUGUCUGGGGUCCACAGCCUCAUCACCUGUCUCUCUUUUCCUUUUUCUGGCGUUGAAGACAUUGAACGCAGUCUCGUUAUCGGGAGCGAACGUGGCGAAGAACCGCUCAAUGGGGCUCAGUUUGAGGUUCGCGUCGUUGAUUGGCUGGGUGCUUCAAUUCCGAUCGUAAAGCCGCUCUGCCUUCAAUGUCAGGUGGUAUUGCUCCUCAAAGAAGUGGCUUUCUGGUCGAAAUGCUUGGUGAAGUUCUUGGCCAGUGCACCAAGCUCUGCGCAUCAGGAAGUCGUCCGGGAUAUCAAUCGUGGUGCCAUUCACGGGAACCCUUCUGCAAGACUUAUCGUUGAUCUUGACCAGCGGGCAUUCCAGCGAAUUCGGGAGGGCUGCGAAACGCACCGUGCCGAGCAACAUAUCUCGAGGAAAGAAGACGUUGCAGCGGUUGUGAGCCACUUUUGCACUGUCGUCGGCUUGCGCAUUGUCAAAGCAAUUCGAUGA